ACACGCAGGCAGCAGCGCAGACAGCACGAGGGAAAGGCACGAGGCGGGAUUCUCGAGCGCGAGACACACUUCUGAGGCGACGGGAGAAAUCACCCUGUCAUCUCUAGCCGUUGUGGACCCUUUACCUUUCAAUUCCUCACGUAUGUGUGUGCCUGAGCCCAUGCCAGGAGGGUGUGAGAUGGCAAUUAAUGGCCUCCAGUGGAGUUGAAGACUUUGGAAAUGGGGCAGCGCGGCCAGCACUCAUCGUUCAAGCCAAGUCUGUUGUAAUCCAUUCGCCCAGUGUACGAGGGUCCUCCAACAGAGAAAGAAAAAGACUGCAGGGUGGCACGGGUGAUUCACUGUCUCAUCCUAAUGUGAAAGUGCCGUAUGAUCAGCCCUAUUGUGUCUCAGGGAUUCCCUCACAACGUGCCUAUCCUCUCGUGCCUAUACCCUCUACCACCUCUGCCGUGAGAGUUAGCCACAUACAAAGCACAAGUGGUUAUUCUUUGAACGGUGGUGGUAAUCAUUUAAGUAAGCACAGUCUGUUAUCUAAGAGCUUGCCACAUAUUAACGCUGCUCCCGCUGCAUGCCAUAGCCAACGUCAACAGGAGCCGACUACCUACAACUGUCAACCCCAUUGGAGUCUUGAUUCAUUGAGGUUAAAAUCAGGACUGUUAGGAAAAAGGGCCUUUUCCCCUCAGCGUUCUGUUUGUCCCACCUGUCCCUCCCCACCCAAGUCUUUUUCCUCUGUAGUAAUUGAGAAAACAAUGCCUUCGAAUCAGUCUUUGCCUUGGACGAGUACCAAGCUCAGGGACAACAGCAAUGGAGUCAUGCGGCCCCCCAAUGCCAAAAUGCCAUCGUACUCCAAACAAGAGAGCAGUGACAUGCGCAGUCCUCCCACAUUCAUAUCCGGCUGCAAUGGAACCUAUUUGAAAGACAUGAAAGCUGUUGCCACAAAACCUAUCCAACCCACGUUGCCUUUGAAAGACGUAUGCACAGAUGUGCUCUUAAACCAAUGCAAGGCAGCCAGUGAAUUACAGCAGUUUGAGAAGAUACUAGAGGAAGCCACCAGAAAAAAUGAGCAUACUGUUGAAAACUGUUCGGGUAUUGGUGAAGCUCCUCAGAGAGUGUCAAAAAUGCGCUCUGAGGAGGAGUUCACAGCUGCUGUACACACAAGACAUGGAAUACUUAAUGGUCUAAGCAAGCAACCAGAAACCAAUCUGAAACACCUUUGCAAAUUAAGUGGGGAUGUAACCACAGAUUGUACUGUACCUAUCUGCCUCAGUAAUGAAGGUUCAUGUUCCAUGCCCAUGGAAACCAAUAGUGCCCCCAAUUUUGAUCAAAUGAAUAAUAGCCCCUUGACUGUUGUCUGUGAUGGUAAAACACAGGGAAGUGAUUGUGCCAUUCCAGAGGUGGCCGGCAACAUUAUAGCCUCUCCUCAGUCACCAUCUGUUUACAUGGUGACACAUCAAAUAUCUGCAAUUCACCUUACAAAGGAAAACUGCAGUCAGGACUCUCAGGAAGUCCCAAAACAACUUAAAGAUGAAAGUGAACAUGACCCUGAGAUUCACAGACAGAGCAUGUUAUUAGAUGGCGAUGAGGAGGAGCUUCCAGAAAAGCUGGAAAGUGACUUCAGUGCUGAUGAUGACUCGGAUAGUGAUGUUUUGUCGUCAACAUCCAUGGCAGCUUCUUUAAGUGUUGAGGAGCCCAUGAAUCCUGAGGGGGGUCUUGUGGAGAGACCGGCUCUUGUACCCAGUCUUUUUCCCCACAUGCCCCCUACUCUGUAUUUCAGCACUGCUAAUGAAAAAGUGGAGCUGUUGCCUCCUGAACAGAUAAAACAGCUCAAAUGGAAAAUAACUACAGUCACACCCAAUGUAGUGAAAAACACCAUCUUCAGAUCACACUUUAUUGGCACCAAAAAGUGUCAUGAUUGGCUGGGCUGCUGGGGUCACCAUAUGAAGUCACCAGGGUUCAAGGCUAUUAGAGAGUACCAAAAGCUGAAUCACUUUCCAGGCUCCUUUCAAAUCGGACGGAAGGACCGGCUAUGGAGGAACCUGUCCAAGAUGCAGGCACGCUUUGGCAAGAGAGAGUUUGGCUUCUUCCCACGCUCCUUCAUUCUCCCACAGGAUAUCAAACUACUGAGGAAGGCCUGGGACGAUGGAGGCAUCAAACAGAAAUGGAUCAUCAAACCGCCUGCAUCUGCUCGAGGAAAUGGCAUUCAGGUCAUUCACAAGUGGAGCCAACUGCCACGCAAGAGACCGCUUCUUGUGCAGAAAUAUCUUCACAAGCCCUACCUCAUCAGUGGGAAUAAGUUUGAUCUGCGUAUCUACGUGUAUGUCACCUCUUACAACCCACUCCGUGUUUACAUCUUUAAUGAUGGACUUGUCCGUUUUGCAAGCUGCAAAUACUCUCCUUCUAUGAAAACCCUCAGCAACAAGUAUAUGCAUCUGACAAACUACAGUGUAAAUAAGACCAACUCGGAGUAUCAGAGUAACAGCGAUGAAAAGGCCUGUCAGGGCCAUAAGUGGGCUUUGAAGGCACUCUGGCAAUACCUGGGUUCCCAAGGUGUCGACACCACUCUAAUCUGGGAGAAGAUCAAAGAUAUGGUCAUCAAAACCAUCAUUGUGUCAGACCCAUAUGUGAACUCACGGUUGAAGAUGCAUGUACGUUCUCCCUAUAGCUGUCAUGAGCUGUUUGGCUUUGACAUCAUGCUGGAUGAGAGUCUGAAGCCGUGGCUACUGGAGGUGAACAUCUCACCCAGCCUGCAUUCUAACACAUCACUGGAUGUUAGCAUUAAGGGACAGAUGGUACGGGACCUGCUGAACCUUGCUGGUUUUGUGUUGCCAUUGAAUGAAGACAUUGAGCCAUCCAGUGCCAGCAGCUCCACCAGCAGUUUAUGUGGAGUGGCACGGGAGCGAUUGCGGUCAGACAUUUCGACUGAUGAGAAAGUGAAGCGAGCGUUUUAUCUUUGUCAGCGUUUUGGGGACCAGGACUUCUGUGCCACAAUUCUGGACGUGCUGACAGCUGAUGAUGUGCGUGUCCUGGCAGAAAGUGAGGAUGAGUUAAGUCGUAAGGGAGAUUUUGAACGAGUUUUUCCCUCUAACACUUCCUCCCGCUACCUCCGUUUCUUUGAGCAACCACGCUACCUCAAUAUUCUCCUUAACCAGUGGGAACAAAAGUAUUGGCUCAACCGAAGCAAAGGUAUUAAUCUACUGAGAGAUUUGUGUGACAAGAAGGUUCAUCUGGGUAACCUUUCAGAUUCAGUUCAUCAUUGGUCUUCUAAGUCGUACCAUGGACACAAACCUGACACCUCCAGAUAUUCGCUAACAAGAUCUAGUGUUAUGGUCAGUCAGAGGUCUGAUGCUGAAGAUGAGGACUUGUCUGAUCGUGAGGUUCGGUCUGUCACUGUGAGUCUUCCAGACAUGAGUUUGCUGAGUACCGUUAGUCUGAGCUCUAGUCCAACCUCCACCUCCAGCACGGCCAGUGACAGCCUGCCUCCCCACGACGGCAUCUGAGGUUGGCAGCUAAGUGCUGGACAUUCAGAGCUUCCAAGUAAUGCACAAAGAUGCACUCACGUGUAUACACACAAAGGUGUGUUUAGGUCAUAUUUCAGCUAAAGCUGUCAGAGUUGUACAUUUUAUUGCCUUUGAAAGGAAAAGAAAACUAGAUUAACUACAAUAACUGGCCAAGUAGAGUUAUACAUGCUGAUAAUCAUUUAAAUGAGCAAUGUGCUGCAUGCUGGACCAGACAUAUAGAGUGUUCAUACAAGGUUAAAAGAGCACUUCCUGUCUGAGUUGAAUUGAGUGUUUCCAAUUGAGCCUAUAUGAUACUUCUGCAUUGUUUACAUCAGUUAUGUGCGCACUUCUGAGUCGGUACAAGCAUCGGUUUGGCUGGUUAUUUUUAACAUGAAAUGGAAAUGUGAAGUUUGGAAAAGAGAUAUCAUUGUAAAAAAUAAAAAAUGUUGUCUUUUACUGACAUUUGCAUGCUUUGUUGAAGGGGGAUCGGUAUGCUCAGGUUAAGGUUUUUAAAUUAAAAUUGAUACUUGAAAUAUG